GAAAAACUGGGGGAACGGGCAACUGUGGGGAGAUACUGGUGUUGGAGAGAAGAAUUGAAAGAAACUGGUGGCUGGCGAGAGGCAGAAACGGAGACGCUCUCCUGAGAAAGCAGGAAAACAGAGACGAACUACGAGAAGAAACUAAUAAAAGGAGAAGAGCAGAUAAAGUGAUUCCUUCGAGAAAGAAGAAAGCGAAGGAGGGGGAAUACAGAAGGACACAAUUGAUGAGAGAGAGGAGUUGAAAGACCCCCCUCUCCGAGAGACACCAGACUGACUCAAACUCUAUCUCUCUCCCUUUGUCACGCCAUAAGGAUUUGAUGCCCCUCAGCCUGUUCACUUCUGUGUGUUCAUGUUUCCCACAGGUUUCUCUUCCCCCAACCCCCCAGCUGCAGCCCAGGAGGUCAGACCUGCCACUGAUGGUAAUACCAGCAGCAGCUCCUCCUGCAAGAAGAGAAAGUUAAAUAACAGCAGUAACAGCAAUUCUGAAAGAGAAGAAUUUGAUUCAAUUUCUUCCUGCGCCUCUUCUCCUUCCAAAAACACCUCCUCAUCUUCUUCCUCUGUCAUCACGACCUCCUCGUGCUCCUCCUCAGGGGUUGCCUCCUCUAACCAUCACCUCCAGAAGAAGCUGCGCUUUGAGGACUCCGUGGAUUUUAUUGGACUCGAUGUGAAGAUGGCUGAAGAGUCGUCUUCAUCCUCCUCUCCUGCUGCUUCUUCUCAACAGCAGCACCAACAGCAGCUCAAAAAUAAAAACCUUUUAAUUUCGUCAGUGGCUGUGGGGCACCAUGCAAAUGGUCUGACCAAAGCUGCCUCUUCUACUGUUUCCAGUUUCGCCAACAGUAAACCUGGCUCUGCUAAGAAAUUAGUGAUCAAGAACUUUAAAGAAAAACCCAAAUUGCCUGAAAACUACACAGAUGAAACCUGGCAAAAACUGAAAGAAGCUGUAGAAGCUAUCCAGAACAGUACUUCAAUUAAGUACAAUUUAGAGGAGCUCUAUCAGGCUGUUGAAAAUCUCUGCUCCUACAAGAUUUCUGCAAACUUGUACAAACAAUUGAGGCAGAUCUGUGAAGAUCACAUUAAAGCACAAAUUCACCAAUUCAGAGAGGAUUCAUUGGAUAGUGUCCUUUUUCUAAAGAAAAUAGACAAAUGUUGGCAAGAUCAUUGCAGACAAAUGAUUAUGAUUAGAAGUAUCUUUUUGUUCUUGGAUCGAACUUACGUACUUCAGAAUUCCAUGCUGCCAUCUAUUUGGGAUAUGGGGCUAGAAUUGUUCAGAACUCAUAUAAUCAGUGAUCAGAAAGUUCAGAACAAAACUAUUGAUGGCAUUCUUCUGCUGAUUGAGAGGGAAAGAAAUGGUGAGGCUAUUGAUAGAAGUUUACUGCGAAGCCUUCUAAGCAUGCUUUCUGACUUGCAGAUUUAUCAAGACUCUUUCGAACAUAGAUUCUUGGAAGAGACCAACCGCCUGUAUGCAGCAGAGGGACAGAGGCUUAUGCAGGAACGAGAGGUUCCAGAAUACCUUCACCAUGUCAACAAGCGCUUGGAAGAAGAAGCAGACAGGAUAAUCACUUACUUGGAUCAGAGCACAACGAAGCCACUAAUUGCUACUGUAGAAAAGCAACUUCUAGGUGAACACUUAACAGCUAUUCUUCAGAAAGGUUUAAACCACCUUCUUGAUGAAAACCGAAUCCAAGAUCUUUCUCUUCUGUAUCAGUUGUUCAGUCGUGUGAGAGGUGGAGUACAGGUUCUCUUGCAGCACUGGAUUGAAUACAUAAAGGCAUUUGGCAGCACCAUAGUAAUUAACCCAGAAAAAGACAAAACCAUGGUCCAAGAACUACUUGAUUUUAAAGACAAAGUUGACCAUAUUAUUGAUGUUUGUUUUCUCAAGAAUGAGAAGUUUGUAAAUGCCAUGAAAGAAGCCUUUGAAACAUUCAUUAACAAAAGACCAAAUAAGCCAGCUGAACUCAUAGCUAAAUAUGUAGAUUCAAAGCUUCGUGCAGGCAACAAAGAAGCUACUGAUGAAGAACUUGAAAAAAUGCUGGAUAAAAUUAUGAUCAUAUUUAGAUUCAUAUAUGGAAAAGAUGUCUUUGAGGCCUUUUAUAAAAAAGAUCUAGCAAAGAGACUAUUAGUUGGGAAGAGUGCAUCAGUAGAUGCAGAAAAAUCUAUGCUUUCCAAACUCAAACAUGAAUGUGGAGCUGCUUUCACCAGCAAACUUGAAGGAAUGUUUAAAGAUAUGGAGCUUUCAAAAGACAUAAUGAUACAAUUUAAACAGUAUAUGCAAAAUCAGAAUGUACCUGGCAACAUUGAACUAACAGUGAAUAUUCUGACUAUGGGUUAUUGGCCAACCUAUGUGCCUAUGGAGGUCCAUUUGCCCCCGGAGAUGGUAAAGCUACAGGAGAUAUUCAAGACCUUUUAUUUGGGAAAACACAGUGGUCGGAAACUUCAGUGGCAGUCAACACUAGGACACUGUGUACUAAAAGCAGAAUUUAAAGAGGGCAAGAAAGAACUUCAGGUCUCUUUGUUCCAGACACUGGUGCUCCUCAUGUUUAAUGAAGGAGAGGAGUUCAGUUUAGAGGAGAUAAAGCAAGCCACUGGGAUAGAGGAUGGCGAGCUGAGAAGGACUCUUCAAUCUCUGGCUUGUGGCAAAGCCAGAGUACUGACUAAAAACCCCAAAGGUAAAGAUGUGGAAGAUGGUGAUAAAUUCACGUGUAAUGAUGAUUUCAGACAUAAGCUCUUCAGGAUAAAGAUCAACCAAAUUCAGAUGAAAGAAACGGUAGAGGAACAGGCAAGCACUACAGAGAGAGUAUUCCAAGACCGGCAAUACCAGAUUGAUGCUGCAAUUGUACGAAUCAUGAAGAUGCGCAAGACACUGAGUCAUAACCUGCUUGUCUCAGAGGUCUACAACCAGCUUAAAUUCCCAGUAAAGCCUGCUGACCUUAAGAAGAGAAUAGAAUCCUUAAUUGACAGGGACUACAUGGAAAGAGAUAAAGAAAACCCAAAUCAGUACAACUAUAUUGCAUAAACAUAUGUUGGCCUUUGUUUUACUGCACACUUGGUGUCAUACACAGUUGCCAGUGAAUAAACUAGCCUGUUGAUCCUGUUAAUUGACUUUUUAUACUACCGAUGAUUGAAUGAAAGCAGUGUAAUGGAAAAGUAUAGUAGAGUGGACUUCUUUCAGUGGUUAACAUGCCCAUUUAAAGAGUACUAUUUACAUUUUAAGAAGAAUGCUGUUGAACUCUUUGCAUGUUAUUUAGUAAGAUGUGCAGAAAGCUGAAAGAAAGUACCUGGUCUUUGUGAUUCCAUUUGUCUCUGGGUCUGAAGAGGAGUCCCUUGAUAGAUGACAGAUCUUUCACACCUCUAAAUGGAAACAGAAGGUUAAUUAAUAUAAGAAAAUAGCCUUUAAAAUGCUUAAACUGCAUGCAAAAUUUUAAUUUACUGUAAAGAAUGCAUUUGAGUUAGUAACAUGCCAUUGGUUUGGUUGAUGCCCACACUUGGAUUUUUCCCUUGAGGGAGGGAAAAUUGGGAAUAAGCCAAGCUAUGCUUAUUGCUGAUCUAAUGGAAAAUACUCCUGGUUGCAAUUAAAACAAAAUGGUACCAAUAUAAAAUGUGUAAAGUUUGUAGUGUGGGCAUAUGUACUGUAUAUACAAACACCAUUCUUAAGUAACUGCUACAACAAAAGAAGUUCAGAUUAGAUUUAUAUGGCUUGCCUAUAAGACUUCAGUGUACACCUUUGGGAAUUCUAAGCAUAAAACAGCCAUAAUGGAAAAAGUGACAGUUUUUUACUAGUCAUGGGUAGGAGGCCUUCACCUCUUGGCAGCAAUACUCUAGAAAAGAGACUCUAUUUACAGAUAUCUAUGAAAAGCCACACUGUUCUUGUGGUAACACUGUAAGAACAAAAGUUGCAAAUGGAUUUUAAUACUUGUUUUGCUUUGCAACAUUCUAAACUUGAACUAACCUCAAGGUUUAGACAGGGCAGCUCUUUUUAAAGACUGCCCUGCUUUGGAUUGCUUUAACUUAAAGCUUUAAGAACUCAGCCCUAGAUGUGGCAGGCCUCCUAGAACCCAGAAGCCUACCUCUCAUAUAGAAAGCUAAGUAUUGCUACAAGGCAUCUAAAAUGUAUUUUCUUAGAUGACCAGAGAGCAUUCCUUGCAUCUUUAUAAGACAUGGGAGAAUAAGUCACGUGAAUGUAGAGCUUUGUUUCAACAAAAUACAUUUUUCUUAUUGCUAUAGCAGCAUGUGCCAGGAAUACAUGGAGAAAAGUGUCUGCAGGAAAGGUAACUCCUCCACAUAAGUUCUUCCUUACCCAGCCAAGCUUUAGACCUAUGAUCAGUUGUGUGCUCUUUCAGGCACUGAUAGUCCUCGGGAAUACCAGAUAUUUCUUGAAAGAUGUUACUUUUGUUUAAAUGGCAGUGUAACUUAGAUCUCUAACUUUUAUCACUGUGAUCCCACAAUCAGGGGUGUGCAUGUGUGAGAGGGAGAGUGUGUGUAUGCAUAUUUUGUAUCUGACACAUCCCAUCUUUGCUGCUUUUUUAAUCUACUCUUUAAUUCCAUAUUUUCUGCAGCUGUGUUUUCUCUCAAGCUUUUAUAUGCAGUUUUCAGCUGACAGAUGAAACAGAUGUUUUGUUUCUCCUACUAAAUUAUUUGCUGUCACCCUCUACUAAAUGUCAUACAGCUCUUUGUAAUCUGCAGAAAAUCUACCUUAUCCUUAGACACUGCUGCAGCAUAACCACUGGUAGACAUCCAGGACCACCCUUGCCUCUAUUAGAAAAAUACUAACUGUAGAGUUAUCUGGUAAGAAACUUGAAGACUGCUCCUGCAGAUCUUUUUAAGUAUUAGUUCAAAUAAAGACCCUCUGGGGAGGAAAAAAAAUGUCCCUCCCCCCAAAAAAAUUAGGUAUUUUGUAUCUGAUGUUCUUUUUCUUGUGUGUUUUGUCUCUCUAGCCAAUAAAUGAUUCCUUUUUAAAAGGUGUUUUGGAGAAGGAGCAUAGAACUUGAGUCUUCAGUAGACAGGAGGUGAUGAGUAUCAGUAUUGAACUGGUUGCAUUCAGUCUGUAGCUUAUAAAUCUAAUAUCACUACACGUUUAAAAUGCCUGUUCUGGUACAAUCCUCCCUCAUUAGACAAGUGUGUUGCAUUCAGUCUAACUGGAAAGGUCUAUAUAAUUUUUAGCCUAUCCAUUUCAGUAACUUAAAUGCAAAAGAUACUAUCUGGCAGACAUCCUCACAUUUCAUCAGACUUCCAUGAUCUGAGGCAGACCCUAAGCGGCAAUCUAGUUAAAGCAAACCGAAGAAUAGACUUUGAGAACCCUGACCAGGCUGAGAGAGGGGGAGGGGAGAAGGCUUCAUGGGUUCUCCCCAAGAACCUGUUCAUCUCUUCUGCUAAGGUCUUACUCAUUCCUGGUUAAUGACAAAGCUGCAGCCAAGAUUUAUCAUCCAGCCGUACAAAUCUGCAACUUCUUGCUGGGAUCAUGUGCCUGCCUAUUGAGCCAUAUAUAUCUCUGUAAGAAAAAAAUUAAAGUGGGCUUGGACCACAGCUCAUCUGGCUAUAACACAGCUUGUCUGUUUGGCCACACAUUUUUAAUCUUGACUCUUGCAUGCAGUUUAUAGCACCUUGUUCAUAAGAAA